CAUGCGCCAAAAAAUAAACAAAAAACAAAAGAGAGAAAGAGAAAAAGAAAUAAAGAAAAAAUGGCAACAAAUUUUCUCUCAACAGCAAACCUUUUUCAUCUAGCAACACCAACCUAUGUUCACAGCAACCAAAUCAUCAAAUGCAAUGUGAAAAGAGAAUCAACCAUUUGCAAAGUAGUGAAUCCAAGUGUGACCAAAAGAGGCAUAUCCAUAAGUUUUGUUUCCAGUUUGGUCCUUUCAUUGACCGGUAAGGGUUUGUUUGAUGCUAAUGCUGCAAUACUUGAAGCUGAUGAUGAUCUUGAGCUCUUGGAAAAAGUGAAGAAGGAUAGAAUCAAGAGACUUGAGAAACAAGGUGUCAUCAGUUCAUCCACCAAAGAAACAGGGUAUCUUCAGGAUGUGGUGUACAAAUUGAGUGAAGUUGGUAAGGCAAUCGAGAAGAAUGAUCUAACUACAGCUGGUUCUGUCUUAGGGAGUGGCAAGGAUACUUCUGAUUGGGUCCAAAAAGCCAAUAUAGCUUUGAAUAAGCUGAGUUCCAGUCCUGAAGAGAAAACUGAGGUGGACACAUUCAAUUCUUCACUUGCUUCACUGGUUUCAUCAGUUGCUCAGAAUGAUGUGAAGUCCUCCAAAACUGCCUUUGUGUCUUCAGCUGCAGCAUUUGAGAAGUGGACAUCCUUGACAGGACUAGUUGGUAAACUUAAAGGGCUUUGAACAUGGAAUGAAGAAGCUACAAGAAAUUUUUAUUUCAUCUUUAGAGAUAUAGAGAAUUCCACUAAUUUUCCCUUCUGGGUCACCAAAUUGUGGUGUCUAGAAAAGACCAACAAACUUAUAUUUCACGGCUCAUGAAGUUUGGGCAGUCUCAAAAAAUUGUAAUUUUAAUUGUAAUGUAAUUGAUAAUUUGACUA